AUGCUGACCUCGAGCCGCCCGCUUGCGAUCACGCCAGUUGAGCGAGUGAACUACGUGGACUGUCUCCUGUUCAGCUGCGAAGUGCCCGACGGCGCACGCCCGCUCGAUGACUCGACGGUGCUCACGCGUGGAGACUACGCCUGCUGCUACGCCAGUCCCACGGGCGUCCUAUUGGAGGACACUGUGGCUUUUCGGGCACAGAUGUCUCAGACCGAUGCCGAAGAUCUGGAUCUGGAGUCCCCAAACUCAUUUGUGUUGGUUAACGCCAUCUCUCCCGAGCUCCGUGACGUGGCUUUGGAGAAUUAUUGUUUUAAGUGCAUAUUCACCGGAUCAACGAGCGACACAAGCGAUACGGACGACCGUCGUGUGGGAGCUCACUGGAUCUACCCUCCUGCAGCGCACGGACAUGACGGAUACCGAAUGAUUGUAUUCGAUAAGACUGCUCAAGCCGUGCAGUUCUCGGCCACGCUCAAAUUCGACGAAGAAGACUGCCUGCGCGAUGACUGCUUCCGCGAGCAUUUCCGCUACACGCUGGCCAUACACCUUGUUGGAGGGCACCUGAUCCCCGACGACGUCAAACAUGGCGAUGUCGAGUGGUUUCUCGGCAAUGUCAAAUUUGCUGCAGACGGGGUGACUCCGAGGCCCAGAGACCUCGAGCGCAAGAAAUGGAGAACCCGCAUGGGAGAGCUGGCGUUUCAGCACAUCCAGAUCACGAAUCCUGAUCUGAGAUUCGAACUUCCUGAGCAUCUCUUCAGAGGCGGUAGUCUAGAGGACUCGGACACGGACGAGGGUACGGAAGACAAGGAUAAGAACGUGGUGACUUCGGGGGACGAAAGCGAUUAG